GUAAGUAAUCACACGCAGAUAAGAGCGAUGCAUUUAAAUAGUCAGCUCUAUUUUAAUUGAAUUCAUCUUACAAACUUCGUUUAAACUUGAAAGAAUUGUUGCUGGUAGUUUAAAAUGACAGGUUAUUAUUUGCGUGCAUCAGCUUGUAUGACGAUUGUAGUGAUUAUGUUUCGAUGUGCGGCUUGUAUCACAGUUCAGACGCCCGUGGGACCUAUUUCCGGUCUGGAAGAGACACUGACAGUAGACGGACGACAGUACCGGAUGUCGACAUUCCGCAGUAUUCCAUUCGCAGAGUCAACAGCAGGCGAAAAUCGCUUCAAGAAGCCGAUCCCCAAGGCGCCAUUUUUGAGCACUUUUGACGCUACCAAGAUACCUAUGGCGUGUUUUCCUUCUUCUGUAAACUUUGAGUUCGGAGGGUAUCUUAACUUCACGGAAGACUGUUUGACACUUAAUGUGUAUGUACCUCAUAGAUUUGAGAAGAACGUGUCACUUCCGGUGAUGAUUUGGAUCUACGGGGGCGCGUUCGUACAAGGCGCAGCAGCAGACUAUCCAGGAGAAGGCAUCAGCACGUUUGGUAACGUCAUCGUGGUUACAGUUAACUACAGGCUUGGAAUGUUCGGAUUCAUUCAGAGCGCCGAUGGGAAACUUCCGGGUAAUCAGGGACUUUGGGAUCAGCACCUAGGAAUCAAAUGGGUCCACGAAAACAUACAAGCUUUCACCGGAAAUCCCAAUGACGUCACGAUAUUUGGUGAAUCGGCAGGUGGAGCGUCGGUUGUAUUUCAGUCUCUAUAUCCGGGUAAUCAAGGCUACUUUCAGCGUGUAAUUGCUCAGAGUGGUUCCGCGCUUGCUGGCUGGAGUGUCCAACCUUCACCAAACGCGAAUCCGUUUAUUUCCAAGAAAGGCUGCGAGCGGGCACCGGACCCUGUAGAAUGUCUUCGCGCCCUGACACCACGACAACUCCAAGAUGAUGAGUUUUCAUUCUGGAAACCAGUUGUAGAUCGGGACUUCCUUAAAGCGUCCCCGCAUGAAAUAGUGUUUGGCAAUGAUUCUCAGACUUACAACGCGCGAAAUUUCUUCGCGUCUUUGGACAUUCUUGUUGGCGCGAACAAUUUCGACGGUGCUUUGAAUCUGUUUGGUUUGUCAUUUACUCUUAAUUUUACAGAUAUUAACACGUUUAACCUAACACGAGAGCAGUUUACCGGUUUUAUCAUACCUAAUACUAUUUCAAACGCCAUCAAACCAAAGAACGACAUUAUUUCCGCCAUAAUGGGAAAUCUUCUUGAUUUCGAGUACACUGACUGGCAGCGUCCGAACGACAGCGCCACCCUGUGGUUUAGUACCAUAAACAUGUCGAGUGACUCAGGGUUCUUCUUUCCGGCAGUAUCCACGGUGAAAGGGCACGCGGCGCUCCGGAAGGGGAAGACAUAUUUGUACGAACUGAGCGCUGACCCAACCACGCAUUUCAUACCGACACCCAAUUGGAUACAAGGUUCAAACCACGCAGACGACAUUCAGUUCGUGUUUGGCUAUUCGCUGUUCGCCGGACCUCAAAGUACCGGAAACUACACUGAAGAAGAGCGGCGACUCGCCAGGGGCAUGGUUACUAUGUGGACGAACUUCGCCAAGUCCGGGGACCCAAACAUACCGAGCGACGCCCGCCGAUUUACCAACGCCACUUGGGCCGAGUACGACCUUAACUCUCAGAGCUUCCUACAGUUCACCAAUCAUGGAGCACUUCCGGGGUCUCGAUUUCAAGCGCGCCGGAUGCAGCUGUGGUCAGACCUCAUACCGACAAUAGCCCUGAUGGGGACUCCCCAACCACACGGCACAGGGACGGUUCACGUACCUGACAUAAUAAUUGGGAAAUAAUUCUCGCGACAUUGUAUUCGAUUUUGUUUAAGGAAACUGUUUCUGUAUAUAUAUUCAACUGUCAUAAAGCACUAUACAAGCACCGCUUUCAUGCUGUUGUAUCAAUAUACGUUGAUAAAAUGUGUGGAGCAAUA